GGGGUACAAGAAAGGGGAGGGGGAGAGGGUUGGUUAGGUUCCAGGUAACCCGUCGUCCCGUCGUCUGAAUUGUCAGUCUCAAGUUUAUAUUUUGUUUUCCCGUCGUCGGAUGACUUCUGGUAAAGACACAAUGGGUGAGCAGCCCAUUUUCACCUGCAAGGCACAUGUCUUCCACAUCGACCCCAAAACUAAACGCUCCUGGAUCCCUGCUUCCACCUCAGCAGUCAGCGUUUCGUUUUUCUAUGAUUCAACGCGGAAUCUCUAUCGUAUUAUCAGUGUGGAAGGCACAAAGGCUGUCAUAAAUAGCACUAUAACCCCAAAUAUGACAUUCACUAAGACGUCACAAAAGUUUGGCCAGUGGUCAGAUGUCCGUGCCAAUACAGUUUAUGGUCUAGGUUUUGCAACGGAAGCAGAAUUAAAUAAGUUUAUUGAGAAGUUUCAAGAAGUAAAGGAAGCUACAAGACUUGUGGGUGGAGCUACUAAGCCAACAAGUAAUGGUCAGAGCACAGGUGUAACGCCUGUCACAAGUGCAAAUGCAAGUCCAGUUAGCAACAGAGCUGCAUCAGCUACACAGGGUCAAAAUCAAUCUGAUUCUCAACAAUUGCUAGAGCCUCCUGGAGCUCAUUUGAACAACAGUGGAACAGCUACAAUCAAAGUUGAUGGAGAAGGAGGCACCUCACAUGUUCGAAGCCAGUCAUUGUCUGCUGGAGAAAGCCCCAAGCAUCAGAUUGGUGACAAAUCUUCAGCACCUUUAGGGUCAGGGGAAGCGCAAUUGAAGUAUGAAAAUGACCGACUGAAACUAGCCCUUGCUCAAAGUUCUGCAAAUGCUAAAAAGUGGGAGGUAGAACUUGCAACACUUAAAAGCAAUAAUGUGCGCUUGACAUCAGCUCUUCAAGAGAGUACAGCAAAUGUUGAAGAGUGGAAGAGGCAGCUUCAGAGCUACAAAGAGGAAAAUCAACGUUUGAAGACACGCUAUCUUGAGCUAGAGGCAGCCAAGGGGAGCACAGAGGCGGCUGUAGAACUGCGUAAAGAGCUGGCAACACUCAGACUUCGAAUUGAGACUUUGGAAGGAGAACUUACUAAUAAAGAUGAAGAAAUAAAACGACUUAACAUGUUGAAGCAACAGCAGCAGCAAAAUGCAGCUCCUGCCGAGGAACGAAUCAAGAGUCUUCAGCAGGAUAAUGCCGAGCUUCAGGCGGCCAUGUCCUUAGCUCAAGCACAGUUGGAGACAGCUUUGGCAGCUCAGGACUCGCAGCGCAGAGUCAUAGACACCCUCAACAACCAGCUGGCGGGCCGCAUUCAAGAACUCACCAUGAUUCACCGUGAAAUGACUACAGCUCUGCAAACCUGAGCAGAGGAGUUUUCCCCGUCUAGCCAGUUUUCCAGACUAAGUGUAAGCACAUCCCUCAAUCUCUUAGAAGACCAUCUUUUACAACUCUCAUGGAAAGGUGGAACAAUAUCAUUCUUUGUUUGAUCAUGGCCUUUUGAGACGUGGCUGAGCUCUCCUUUAAGGAUUCCUCAGAAAUGGGGUAUAAACUGAGGACCAUUUCUUUCAGCGUUGUUACGUUUUUCUCCUUUCACUUUUAAAUUAUUUGACUUAAAUUGAAGUCUUGUAUAUUAUAUUUAUUAAGGCAACAUGUAAGAUUUUGAUCUUAUCUGUUGCCUUGCAGGCUACCAUGUCAAAAAUUUAGUGUUAGAUUGUUAAAGAAUCAAUAUUGACUAAAAUAUAGAUAAAUUUAUUAGUGGAAGAUCUGUGCAAAAUUUAGAACAAUUUUCAACAUUUUCUCCUACUUUGACUUCAUCUUCUCUCUCUCUCUCUCUUUCUCAUUUCUUACUAAUAUUGGAAAUAUUGGUAGUAUCUGGCAGCUAUAUAACAGCACAUUGCAUAAGUCAGAUGAUAUGCUUAUGGUUAUGCCUUAUAAACAUGGAUAAAAACUCAAGAAAAGGUUAAAGAAAAAAAGUAGCAGGAAUUGCAACCUAUGUCUAUUUUGUGUAUCCUGCAUGUUAAGAUCAACUACAGUUUUAUUGAACAGUAGGUGAUAAACCUCAGGUUUAUAAAUGAUAAGCCACUGCUUUAACAUGUGAGCCUAUCCUAGGUAGAGCAUAAAACCAAGGCAACUCAAUGUCAAAAUGACCUCAACUUGACUUGAAUUCACUUUCCAAGUCAAGGUAAGGGACCAUUUUGAGGUCAAGAUGAUUCAUAUUCAGAUCAAUUGUGACUUCUGUUCCAACUUUGGUGUCAUCUACCUACAAUGUUGUUUACUUUUAAUAUUCCCCUUCAAAGCUUUAAUCAUUCAUUUGUGGCCUUCAUUUCUUAUUUGGUGGCUCUUUAAUUUCCUUUAUGUUCAUCUGUCUUAUUUUUAUCAUGUAUUGAUAGUAGUUUUGAUUUUGAUUUGAGACUCUAGUCAUCAUAUUUGACUGACCCAUAAUAGCCUUUCUUUAAUUUGCAAUGAGAAUGAGUCAAACUGGAAUUGCUCCUAUUUCCAUUGGUUCUUCGAAGAAAAAGUCUACAUCUUCAUCUGCAUCGCCAAUGUUUGUUGCAUCCAUUUCAACCGUAAUUUGAAGUAGUCAUUUUUGGAACAGGAGAAUUUUUAUUUUAUUAUAGAAGGGUGACGUGAGGCCUCAUGGCUUCAAAGCUGUACUCCAUCAUGUAUGUUUUUAUAUUAUUGUUUACUUUUUGUUAUUGUGCAAAGUUUGUUUCAAGUUAUCAAUAUCCUCUGUAUUAUUUGUUAAUCUCAAAGCUGUAGGAACAUAGCCAGUACUGUUUAGAUCAUACAAAUGCUAUUUGUUUCUUUAUUUGCAGAAACACAUUUGUGUUAAAUUCAGAAGCUUCUGGUAAGCGUACCAUUGUCUGAAAAGGCCUGGUGCUUCUCUCGCACCAGUCUUUUCUUUUUUAAAUUGCCAAUGUUUUUAGGCUUGUAUUGAGUUUCAAAUUGUUAGGACAUUGGAUUCGUCUUCUAGGAGAUUCUGAAUUUUCUCAAUAUAGAGGCAGAUUUUUGCCCCAGACUGGACUAUCAAUACUCUGUCUUACUUGUGCAUUUGAAAGGUAUUAUUUUCCAUUGUGGCGGUAUUGUCUAUGGUAUUAUUUGAAAUCUCUCAUAGUAUUAACAAAGACUUCAUUAAGUACAAACACUAGAUUACUAUUCAAUAUGUUAGCCGUUAAAAGUACAUCACUACUACAAACAUUACAAGACUAAAUCAGAGGCAUUUAUUGAAUUUUAAGUUUUAUUAUUAUUAUUUGUAUGUUAUGCUUGUUGCUAGUAGCACCUGUUAUCAAAUAUUUAAUUUUACUGUAUUUCACGUUCUUUUAAGAAGAAAAAAUAAUCAAGAGAGUGCAUCUUUGAUUUAAGAAUAUCCUUACACUGGAGUUGGGGGAAUCUCCUUUUAAAAUGGAAGGUGCACUACAUGAAGCAUGUUCUAAUUAUUAUAGACAAUUUCCUGGGAGUUCUUAUGUUGGCAAUGACCAUAGUAGUGAUGCAUUACAUGCCUUAAGAAGGGUGUGAAGUAUGCUAACAGAGAAGUUGUGACUUUCUCAAGUUGGCCAAGUCUGAGGUGGAGGCAGGGUUUUCCAGUAGGGUACCUUGUGAGCUCAUUCAGGGACGUGUAUUUGUAUUGUGUAAGUCUUGUGCCCAUGUAGGGCAAAUUCAUGUAUCUUCUAGGCAAUAAGAAUGGCUCUUCUUGUCAUUUUGCAUGCUUAUAUAUUUAUUUAAUUUAGUAUUCACAGUUCAGCCUGUGACUCCCUCUCCCCUGUGUUCUCUUUAGUUAUUGUGUAUGUUGUGAUGUGAACAUAUUCUUAUCUCCAAUUCAGUAAAAUGCCCCCCCCCCCUCUCCUUUUUCCCUUCAGCUUUUGUUGCCUUAUUUAGUAUCUUUUGUGUUGCAAAUCAAUGUCAGAUGUGGUUCCUAGUUUGAUCUAAAGUUUUGUGGUGUUUCUGAUUGAUCUGUGAAAGCAUGUUUCUACUCUUACUGUGAAAGAAAAUUGGGGUAUUUAAUCUCUAUUGAACUGUGACAUAAGGUAAUUAUUAAAUAAUCAUACGUUAUUGUGCCAAUGAAACUAUGUUGAUCAUCAUAUUUCAAAUUAAGUGUCGUGAACACUGUUAUGUUAUAUGUCAGUUGUUGAUAAUACUGCAGGGACCCAGUUUUGGGAAAACACAUGUUGGAGGAACUUUGUCAAAACAGUCACUUUCAUGUUCGGAAAAGUAUCAUCUAGAUUGGGGUAUAGUGUGAACUUCUGGUAUGCAAGGCUGAAAUUUGCAUUGUGAACAGAAGUAUUACAGUUUUGAAGUGGUAGAUAUCUUAUCUUGUCAUCCCUCACUAUCAUUGUGCAGUAAAGGCAAUAUUCUUGUAACUCAUGCCAAUUAAUAUUCAUUAUUAAGUUAUAGAAGAAAAGCUCAGAGCUUUUACUAUACUGCCCGAUAGAAACCCCAUGAAGAUUUUUGUACAUUAUACCUUUUACAAACUUACUUCAUUCUAGUGCAUGUUAGUGGUAGACAUUUCUACAAACGUCUGUAUCUGUAAAAGGACAGUGUGCAAAUGCACAUAUAUUUCAAUUGAAAAGUUACCAAGCUCAUUUUUUAUGAAGCUAGAAAACUUUACAUUUUGAGACAAAAGGGUUUCAAUCAAAAACAUUGUAUUUUAGGUAAAAAUUGAUUUUUCAGUCUACUAAACUUGUAUUAUGGAGCAACUCAAGGUCAAGGUACUAGCUGUUCACUGCAACUAUUACAACGUUUUAUAUGCAAUGAUAAAUUACAAAAUUUGUAGUUAAAAAUUUUAUGUGGGUUUCUUUUUUGAAAUAAUUUUUUUUAUACAUAUAUAUAUUUGCAACAUGUUUUGUGGUGACUUUUCAUUUGACUAUAAUAGAAUUAUAGACAUUCUUUUUUUUUUGCAAUUGUUUUCCAAACUAAUGCAUCCUGUCAGACGUCCCUUUUUAAGUUAAUUUCCAAGUCAUGUUUGUUAGUUUCGCUCAUGUCUGCCACUGUCACUGCAUUUCUGAACUCACGUAGCUUGCUGCUUUGUGAUUGUUAAAUCCUUUACACUGUUAGUUUACGACAUUCCAUGCAAGUGAAAAUUUACAGUGAGUAGGGAAUUCCAUUUCCUUGUUGCCAACGGCGAUUUUUAAACUUGUUGAACAUUAAUGCACAAGCUUUAAAUGUACAAAAUAUUGAAAAGAAAAAUUGUUUAGUAAAAAUUAAAAGGCUACAGUGAUCUGUGAGAAGUA